ACGCUACUUUUUAGCCGGUCAAGCAUUUCUCCUUUGGGGCAGUACUACAAUCGAGACAGCCCAAGUUUGAGAAGCUGGUUGGGUCGCAGAAUUGCUGCAACAUGGGGAGUUGGUUAUGGGCAGUUUCGAUUCUCAUUCUCGCGGUUCAUUCUUCCGUUUCUGAAGCUUCAUCCACAGCAGAUCUCUUCGAAGCUUGGUGCGAGCAGUAUGGCAAGACGUACUCUUCAGAAGAAGAGAAGGCGUCGAGGCUCAAGGUGUUUGAAGAAAAUCAUGCGUUUGUUACUCAGCACAAUAGUAUGGCUAAUGCUUCCUACACACUAGCUCUCAACGCCUUCGCUGAUCUCACGCAUCACGAGUUCAAGGCCUCUCGCUUGGGCUUCUCCCCCGGGAGGGCCCAAUCGAUUCGGUCCGUUGGUACACCGGUUCAAGAGCUCCAUGUUCCGCCCGCGGUGGAUUGGAGGAAGAGUGGAGCGGUCACAGGUGUGAAAGAUCAGGGGAAUUGUGGUGGUUGUUGGUCAUUCUCAACCACGGGAGCUAUUGAAGGCAUUAAUAAGAUUGUAACUGGAUCUCUUGUUAGCCUAUCUGAACAAGAGUUAGUGGAUUGUGACAGAUCUUACAAUAGUGGCUGUGAGGGUGGACUCAUGGACUAUGCAUAUCAGUUUGUUAUAAAAAACCAGGGGAUUGACAGCGAGGCAGAUUACCCAUAUGUAGGUAUGGACAAGCCCUGCAAUAAAGAAAAGUUGAAGAAGCAUAUUGUAACCAUUGAUGGUUACACAGACAUACCCCCAAAUGAUGAGAAACAGCUACUACAAGUAGUGGCUAAACAACCUGUAAGUGUAGGCAUAUGUGGCAGUGAGAAAACAUUUCAACUCUAUUCAAAGGGGGUCUACACUGGGCCAUGUUCAAGUACUCUGGAUCAUGCUGUAUUGAUUGUGGGUUAUGGUACGGAAGAUGGUGUUGAUUUUUGGAUUGUAAAGAAUUCAUGGGGAGAACAUUGGGGAAUGCGUGGUUAUAUUCACAUGCUACGUAACAAUGGUACAGCAGAAGGCAUCUGUGGUAUCAACAUGUUAGCUUCAUAUCCAGCCAAGACUAGCCCAAAUCCACCUCCACCUCCCACCCCAGGUCCCACUAAAUGUGAUUUUUUUAGCUCUUGUUCAGAAGGUGAAACCUGCUGUUGUAGCUGGCGUUUUAUUGGGGUAUGCUUAUCAUGGAACUGUUGUACGGCGAAAUCUGCUGUGUGUUGUGAUAACAAUAAUUACUGCUGCCCUGCUAGUCAUCCAAUUUGCGAUACAAAAAGGAAUCGGUGCCUCAAGCCAGCAGGGAAUGGCACCGGAGUGGAAGUGCUGAAGAGAAGAGGCUCUUCUGUGAAGUUUGGUGGCUGGAGUUCCAUUAAUGAUGCGUGGAAUCUAUAAAAGAAGAUACUGUCAUUUGUGCUAGUGAGGUGAUUUGUCUCACCACAUUAACCCUAUAUUAGUUCUAUGUUCUAUCACAAAAGGAAUAUACUUAUGGACGUGGAGAAUUUUUUUUUUUUUUUUCUUUUUGGUUACACAUAAAAUAAGGACAUUGAUUGAUGUAUUAUUGGUUUUCAAUAAUUGUAGCUUUGUAAUGUUGCGCACCCUUUGAAUAAUUUAAUAAAACAACUAACCGUCUUGAUCA